CAGAUUUGUUCAUGUUGGAUGCAGCCUCGUCAGUUGCGCAUCUUCUCAUUAAAUAUCCGUUCUGAUACUUGGUUUCUUGUGCAUAGCUGAUCUGCCUCCUGCGCUCUCAAUAUGUCUCCAGCCUUGGAUGAGCAGACCCUCCAAUAUGUGGCCAACAAUGGCGAGAUGGACUAGUAUGCUCCUUCUAUUGCUGAAGCUUGGAGGUUUCUGGGACUCACUUUGCACCAGUGAAAAAUGGCCAACCAUCAUCGAACCACUCCUCCAGCGACUCAACGAGAUCGUGUAUACGGAAUUCCCUAUGCCGCGGCCGUAUCCUACAAUAAAUCGCCCGGUUCCUUCCUCACCGAUCCAAACACAGCCUACCCAGAUUGGUGAUUCUAAUCCCAAUUUGCAGACACCAUCGACACCCGUGCGGAACCUUCCUCCCGUUCCACCCUUCCCAAAUUCAUCAGCAACCUCCACGAGCCAUGUGCCCGAUUCACUUCCUCAGUCUCAAGACGCUGAGGUCACCGUGCUCUCUGAACUUCCCGCGCUUUUACUGCAAAUUCUCAACAGCGUAACCCAUACCCUGCGAACAUCAUUUUCAGAGAGACCACCCCACACAAUACAACGGUUGGCAGAGCUCAUUCUAUACCCUACGAAACAUUACAAAACUCUCCCUGCGUGGCUGCGAGCCAUCGACCGAGUCGUCAGCGUUAGUAGCGCUGCAGAUAUUUUCCCGCUUUCCGAAACCCCGCCCGUUGUAAAUGGUGUCAAUGGAGAUGGAGGAGGGGGGAUUCUUUGGAAUAAUGGCGAGGUGCGCCAUGGUUAUGACAGCAAUUCGUUGGGAAGUGACGAAAGUCUAGGGGGCGCACUCCUGACUCCAAUACCAUGGCUGCGAAAUGGACUCAAUGGCGGCGAGGAUUCUGGUGAGGAUUCAGGUCCGCUAGACUCAAACACCAGCACCAGCACAGAUGGCUUAGAUGACUCGCUCAUCUUGCCGGGAACGCAGGGCGACAGUGACUCGUUAGUACCUGAAAGGCCGGAUGGCGCAGUUACUCAAGGCGAGUUGAUCCGCAUGGAACAAGAGGCUGGCGUGGUGCCUGUGACCCGAAACCCUCCAGAUACACACGUGAGUGGAACAAUGGAAGAGAAUGCCCUUAUGGACGAAGGAGAUGUGGUGCCUCAUGCCCGCGGACCUGACCUCGUAGGCUCAGUCGAUAUAGGGAGAGUCGAUGGUCACGACAUGGAAAUUCACAUUGGAAGUCCUCCAGGCGAGGAGGGAAAAGAAAGGGCAAUAGACGCGAAUGAUGCACAGACAGUCCUUCCAGGAGAAAGUCAUAUCUUGGGCACUACAGCCACAAGUGCAGUAUCAGUAGGCGGAUCUGGGUCAUCGGAUGGUUCAGAGGAUUUCGAAAUUGUGCUCAAGGACACUGUCGAGGGCAGCGAUGUGGAUGCCAUGCAAGUCGACGAGAGCGGGAGAGAAGACGGCGACAAGCAGCAGAAGUCGCAGUCGCCGACGGAAGAUGGUGACAUUGUUCUUGUGGACGCGGACGGAAAGACCGAGGAUGAGAUCGAUUCAAAGGCUGAAAACUCGGGUGAGAACGUCGGACCGGAUGCCGUGGAUGCCAGCACCGUGACUUGAAGAACGACCUCUCUGCACGAGAUCUAGCCACGGCCUCAAGCCCAAAAAAAUCAAUACACUGGUACUGGUGUAUCCUCAUGCAGAAGUCGAGACGCUUGGUUCUACCGGUCAGGAAACCGGCCUCGCCACUGUCGCACUUUGUUCUAUGACAAUCUCUACGGCCGCGAGAGGAGGUUGCUGCAGUAGAAGGUAUUCUUAGACUGCCCGCGAUGUUCCAAACCGCCUGGCGAUUUCAAAACCAGUUCGAGACUCGCAGUUGAAUCAGAGUCUGGAAGGAAAUAGAAGCGGAAAAAUUCCACGAGCACUUCUACGCGGCCAUCGAAAACGGUCAGCCCGAUACGCCAGAGGCGAGGUCCAUGGUGGCCGCUCCAGAGACGCAGAUACAUGUCUUGUGUAAGAUAAGAGGCAUGGCUCAUGUCUCGAACAUGGUGAACGGGAAUGACUUAAGACACUUUCCACUUUGUCGCAUGCGA